AUGACACCAAAGAAGAAAAUCGCCAUUAUAGGCGCCGGUGCUGCUGGCAUGUCAUGCGCCUCGACGCUAGCUAAGCAUCCAGAAUUUGCAGUGACUCUUAUUGACACCGCGGGUUAUACCGGUGGUCAAGCAACUUCAAUUGACUUAGAUGCAUCCAAACAUGGUGCAAGUUGGCUGAACGACGGAGUUCAAGGUGGAUCGCAGAUUUUCCGACAUACGUUUCGAUUCUUUCGUCGCUACGGCUACGAGCCACAGCCGGUCAAGCUUCAAGUAGCAUUCGGAAAGGGGAAGGAUUUCUGGACCAAUGUCUUCCCAAGCCAUCUGGUUGACGAACAUUCAUCGGAAAUCAAGAAGCUUUCCCGAGUCCUAUCAUGCAUCAAAUAUUUGAUGCCCAUUCUCGGAAUCAUGCCUGUCAAGGUAAUUCUGCGCCUAUUCCGCUUCAGCCGUGACUUUAGCAACAAAAUGAUUUUGCCUCUUCUAGCCUUGUUCUUAGGGACAGGGAACCAAACGCCAAACGUAUCGAGUGUCCUACUGGAACGCCUCUUCAAUGAUCCUCAGAUGAAGCUGUGGGAGUAUGACCCUGAUACCCUUUUGCCCAAUCUUCCUACCAUGUAUACAUUUCCAAACCUGAGCAACUUUUAUCGGGACUGGACCAUCGAUCUGCGUGUGAAAGGCGUCGAAGUCAGGUUAAAUUGCCAUCCAAAAAUCAUAGAGCGCGGAAAGAAAGGGGUAGUGCUGCAACUGCAAGAUUAUGAAGAUGGUAAAGCAAAAGGAGACCCGUCAAUUGAAAAGUUCGACGACCUGGUCAUUUGCUGUCCUGCAGAUGAAGCGAAGAGGCUACUUGAUCACCACGCUACAUGGCGUGAAAGAUAUGUGCUGGGAGGGGUUAAGUUUUAUAACGACAUCACCAUAACCCACUCAGACUCAACAUACUUCCAAAAUAUCUUUGAGAUGCAAUAUGGUCCAGAGCUACCGGCGGAGGCAAAUUCUGAAACGCGAAAAGCGCAAAUCGAAUUCGCGGAACAGCAGCCCCUGAGCCAAAAGGAUGGCUGGCUAGGAUUUCGCCCAAUGUAUUUCACACGCUCCUACCAAUCCGACCCCGGCAAAAUAGAGAUGGGCUUCAACUGCAGUCACUACCAACACCAAUUUCGAGAAAACCUGGGCGAGAACAAUCCGCCACCUUCGCAAGACCAACAUGUGUUUCAGACAAUCUUCUUGAAUGACCAGGAAAAGGAUAUAUGGACCUGGAACGACAUUGAUCCAUCAAAGAUAAUAUCUAAAAAAUGGUGGCACCAGUUUGGGCAUAGGUGGCAGCACUAUCUCCGAGUUGUCCCAGGAAUGAUGUUUAUUAAUGGCACCAACCACACAUUAUAUGCCGGGAGUUGGACCAUGGUGAACAUGCAUGAGAUUGCUUGCAUCUCCGGUAUUGCAGCAGCCUAUCAGCUUGGCGCUUCCUACGAACCUUUUGACGAGUUUGCCGAAGAUUUCUUCGCCAAGUACUUGCUGGUGUGUCAUGCGACAAGAUAUAAGAAGGACAAGAGAAAGAAU